AUGAAGUCCACCACAUCAAUUGGUGCUGCAGCUGCUCUGCUUGUAGGCGCUGUGUCUGCGCAGAGCUUCCGCCGUCUUGGAGCCUGCCCAACGCUCGGAUGCGUGUUUCCUCCAGACCAGGCCGACUUUCUCGCUGGCCAGUACUUCGACAUCCGCCUCGAAGUCCACCAGCCCAAGAAUGGAUCUGAGGCCAUUGGGCUGCCUCUGGAUGAGAAGUUCACCUUCACCAUUACCAAGGAGGGUAAGACCGCGCCGGUCACUGAGUACUUCAAAAUCCAAGAGCCCAAGCUCGAGAAGUGGAACUUCACGUGGUACGAGGACCUCUUCGCUCGUGACGCAAAAAACGCUAGCUUCGUCAAUGUCGCCGCCAAGGCCUACCGUCGCGUUGCUCUCUACGAGCCCGGCGAGUACACUGCGACCCUCAACUACAACAACGGCAGCAAGACCGAGGCUACUUGGCUCGUUCGCGACCUAGCAGAGGAGCGCAAGACCAAGAACAUCAUCCUCUUCAUCGGAGACGGUAUGACCACCAACAUGAUCACGGCCGCACGCCUGAUUGGUCACAAGAGCAUCAACGGAAAGUACCAGACCACAAUGGCUAUGGACAAAUUCCCUGUGCUCGGCCACCAGAUGACCCAAUCGAUUGACAGCUUCAUCACCGACUCUGCCAACUCCGCUGCUGCACUCAACACUGGCCACAAGAGCACAGUCAACUGCCUCAACGUUUACGCCGACUCCAGCAAGAACGCGUUCGACGAUCCCAAGGUUGAGACCAUUGCUGAGAUGUUCCACCGUCUCACUGGUGGACACAUUGGUAUUGUCUCUACUGCGUACAUUGCCGAUGCCACUCCUGCUGCCCUCGUCUCCCACACUCGCAACCGUGGCGAGUACGGCGCUAUCGUCGACACCUACCUCAAUGGUGUCCAGAACUACACCUGGACGAACGUACCAGUUGAUGUCCUCUUCGGUGGUGGUGCUGAGCAGUUCUACCCUCCCUCGCUUGGUGGUGUCACUUACCAGGGCAAGGAUUACUACGAGGAGUUCGCCAAGAAGGACUACCAGAUCAUCCAGAACCGCACCGCACUCCUGUCUGCAAGCAACACGGAGAAGGCUCUCGGUAUCUUCAGUACCUCCAACAUGGCUAAGUGGCUUGAUCGCAAUGUCUACCGCAGCAACUUGAACCAGACCGUCUCCCCAACUGGUGACAAAAAACCCGCCCUCGACCAACCCGGCCAAAAAGAGAUGACCCUCAAGGCCAUCGACAUCCUCCAAGCCCGCUCCGGCGACAAGGGCUAUUUCUUAAUGAGCGAGAGUGCGUCGAUCGAUAAAAUGAUGCACGUUCUCGACUAUGACCGCGCGCUUGGUGAGCUUCUUGAACUUGACGAUACUAUCAAGGCCACCAUCGCCAAACUCAACGCAACCAACACCCUCAAGGAGACUCUGGUUCUUGUGACCGCUGACCACGGCCACGGCUUUGAUGUUAUGGGUUCCGUCGACACACAUUACCUCGCUGCGCAAAAUGCAGACCGCAAGCGCCGCGAAGCCGUGGGCGUCUACGAGCGUUCCGGCCUCUCUCAGUACGCCAACACCGGCAACCUGACCUACACCGACAGCAAUUUCCCGUCGAACUGGGACCCGCGCUACACCCUCUUCCAGGGUCUAAUGGCCGACCCGGACCGCACCGAGAACUGGUCUGUCCGCAAGUCUGGCCCGCGCGUCCCCGCCACCGAGCAGGUCAAGGGCGACGAUGACUUCUACGUCAACCCCAAGGAGCCUUCUGGCAUCACGCUCAACGGCACCCUGCCUGUCGAGAACGACCAGGGCGUGCACUCGCUCACCGACGUUCCCGUCUUCGCCAUGGGACCCUGCCAGGAGCUGUUCGGCGGCGUGUACAACAGCAUCGACAUCUUCUACGGCAUGGCUGAGUGCUUUGGCUUGGCCAAGGGCAGCCCUGCUGCGAACAGCACCAAGUACUAA